GGCCUUCCUGGGCUCCCCAGGGACCAAGGUCGGGGCAAGACAGGGCUGGCUCCCCCGUGGCCCUUGCCCCCUUUGCCCUGCCGCUGCCUUUCUUCUGGGCUCUGGGCUGGACUCCUUGCCCUGCUUGCUGUGCCUGGAGCUGCGGGCCAUUCCGGAAAGGCGAGUCCGGCGCCGGGUCCUCCCUGCCAGGCCCUUGGGGAUCCAGGGAGGCUGAAGGGCCCUCGUCGUUUAUGCGGGGGCCCCGAGGAAUCCUCUCCUGGGCAAGAGCUCCCGUUGGUUGCUGCCCGGAAAGGAUCCUCCAGCAGCAAGGCUAGCCCUACACUCUGCCAGGCGGCCAAAGGCUGGGAGAAAGAGUUGGCCUCCCGGCGCCACAGACAGAACGGACUCUGCCAGUGGAAAGGGGCAAGGAAGGAUGCAGGAGCAGCUGGCCCAGCCAGCCCUUGGACUGAGUGGCCAGAGCCAAGGGCUGGGGAGUUCGAGAUCGAGGGCACUCUUUUUACUCCCACAAAGAGUAGCUUUUGGAGGGUUUUCGGAGCUCUUGGGGCCCGGAUCGGGGUCACUUGAGAAGGUGAUGUGGCAUGGGCACCAUCGGAGGCUCCCCUUUGGCAAAAUCAACCAACCAACCAAGAUUGGGCCAUCCCUGCAGGUGAUGGGAGUUGCAGUUCGUCCUGGGCUGUGAUGGGACUUGCAACCCAGCACUUCUGGAGGGCUCCUAGCAUAAACCUAUGCGAAGGAUGGAGACAUACUUUGGCAGCUUUAGGUCUGUGCAGCGGCAAUAUGACAAUGGGGUCCACCUGAAGCUUGUGAACAACAAAGGCCCGGAGGCACAGAGCACAGCAAAUGCAAAGCCUGGGUCCUAUGGAGUCAGCAUUCGAGUCCAAGGGAUUGAUGGCCAUCCAUACAUUGUGCUCAACAAUACAGAAAGGUGCCAGUCUGAAAACCACUUGGUGACUGAAAAUAGCCAUGAGGUUGCAUCUCAGCCACUUCAUAGACCAGUGCCAGACUCUGAUUGUAGUCCUGAGAAGAAAACUGAGGAAAACAAACCCUUUUUGGGCAAUACAUCAACGAGCAUGUUUAAAAGCACACUGAAGCAGGCCAGUAUGGAUGAGGGAGAAAACAGUAACUUGCAUUUCAAAACUGGGAUCCCCAAGUUUUCUAGCCUCUUGAACUUCCAGAGGCAUCCAGAGCUCCUACAGCCCUAUGAUCCCCAAAAAAACAUCUUGAAUCUGGAAGGCUUUCAGUCUUCCUUGUCCAGUACAUCUGGGUCUCUUGAAGAGGAAGAGAAAACAGACAUUAAGACUUGGAGCUCACUGCUGAAGGUGGCACCACUGGAUAAAACUACCCUGCAGUUUGCAGAACUGGCAAAAUUAAAACCAAAAACAGUGGAUUUGACCAUGCCAGCACCAGAGGAAGAUCCGAGCAAGCAGGAAGGGGAAUGCCCCACUGUUGUUGAUGGCCUUAAUGGCAUGCCUGAGUCACUUUCGUCUGGUGGUGGAUCUCCGUAUGCUGUAAGCCCACCCACCUUCCAGGAAUUGAAGAAAUGUAGGCCUGACCUCCUUCCCUUCCGCAGGCAAGAUUCAGCAGGAUCUGUCUUGAAUGGUUCACGGCGGUCAUCAUCUUCAUCGACUACUCCGACAUCAGCAGCUUCCUUGUAUAAGUUCUUCCUAGAUGACCAGGAAUAUGCCAUCUACGCUGACAAUGUCAACCGGCAUGAAAACAGAAGAUACAUCCCAUUUUUGCCUGGGACCGGCCGUGAUAUUGACACUGGCUCCAUUCCUGCUGUUGAUCAGCUGAUUGAAAAGUUUGACCGGAAAGUUGGUUCCCACAGAAGAAGCCGACUGGGAAUGAGGAAUAGGAUCCACCCAGAUGACCGCAAGCGGUCAAAGAGUGUUGACAGUGCCUUACCUUGUGGCCUUAAGGUGACUUCUGAUGGAUCAGAAGGAUUUAGUAAAAGUUUGGAUCCAUCACCAGAGCUUAUAGUACGACCUGCAAAAGUGUGCCUUCAGAAACCGUUGUCUCCAGGCCAGAAGGCCACACCUACUGAGGAACAAGACACCCUUCGUUCGGUGGGGAAGCUCCAAGCCGCAGCAGCUGUGAGGGACUUCCCCAGCAGCCAUUUUAAUUCUUUACAGUAUUGUAAGGAAGGUAAAAAAACCACUGAUGAAAGCUUGGCUUUUAAGUCAUCCACACUUCCAGUCCUGAAGAAGAAAGCUGAAAACAAACUGGUGACUUCUACACUCUUGCUCCAAAACCGUAUCACAACACAGAAGAUUUCUGUGAAAACAUUUGGCCCAGCUUCAAAUGCUCAGGUGACACCUGAUUUGCUGAAGGGUCAACAGGAAUUGGCACAGCAAACCAAUGAGGAAACUGCUAAGCAGAUUCUCUACAACUAUCUCAAGGAGGGAAGUGGCGAGAAUGACGAUGCAACAAAGAGGAAGGUCAACUUGGUUUUUGAGAAGAUCCAGACUCUGAAGUCCAGAGCAGCUGGGAGCACUCAGGCUUCUGAUACUUCAGCUGAGGUCAAGGCCUUGGUGGAACAGAAGGAGCAGUUGGAGAAGGAGGUGUCUGAGCUAAGGAGGAAGCUGGAUUUGGAAAUCAGGAACCAGCAAAAUAUCUGUGAUGAAAGAGAUGCAACAAAAGUAGAAUUGUGUGAGUUUCAACAGAAGCUGGAGGAAAUCAUGGAAGAAAAGGACACCUACCAAAGGCAGCUGGAAGACAGUGAGAAGGACCUGAGGCAGAACCUAGAGGAGCUUUUUCAAGUUAAAAUGGAGAGAGAACAGCACCAAACAGAAAUCCGGGACUUGCAGGACCAGCUUUCUGAAAUGCAUGAUGAGCUAGAUUGUGCAAAGCACGUCGAAGAGGGUGAGAGGGAGCUUCUCAUCGAGGAGCUGAUGCAGCUGAAGCAGGAUCUCCAAGCCAUCCUGAUGGCCAAAGAACAGCAGGAGGAAGUUCUGAGGAAGCGAGAACGUGAACUGACUGCCUUGAAAGGAGCUUUGAAGGAAGAAGUGUCCACCCAUGACCAAGAGAUGGACCAGCUCAAGGAACAGCAUGACCAGGAGCUUGAGGCAUUAAGAAAGAACCUGGAGGAAGCCACAGAGAAAGUGGAUGCCUUGUUCAAUGAAAAGGUCAUGGCUGAAAAGAUGCAAAGGAGUGCAGAAUAUCAUGUGAUGGAAAUGAUUGAAGAAAACCAGCAACUGAAGGAAACUCUCACAGAGCUGGGGAAUCAAAAGAAACAACUCCAACAGGAGCUUGAGAAUUUGAGGGGAGAAAGAGACAAAAUGGAAGAAAGGCUAAACAGUUACGAGAAAAAGCAGCAGCACUUGGAAGAGGCUCUGGCGCGAGCAAAAGAAGAGAUGCAGGAGCUUCAGUUGACCAGAAGUUCUUUGGAAGCCCAGCUGGCAGAUGAACAGAAGAACAUCAGUCAGCUGAGCCAGGAGCAGCAACAGUUAACUGACAGGUUGAAAGAUGAAGCCAACCAGAAGGAUCAGUUAAAGAGAAUGAAGAGUGAACUGGAGAAUGAGCGGUGGCAACUGGACAAGACUAUUGAGAAGUUACACAAGGAGAUGGCAGAAAUCAUAGAGGUUUCGCGGGCAUCAACCCUGGAGCUCCAGAACCAGCUUGAUGACUACAAAGAGAAAAAUCGUCACGAACUUGUUGAAACGCAGAGGCAGCUGAAAGACAAAAACCUGGAGUUAGAAAAGGCACAUCUGGCAACUCUCAAAUUGCAGGAUGAGGUGCGUUUUAUGGGGGAGGAAUUACGGGAUCAUCAAAGAGCCCAAGAUGAAGCUAUUACCAAAACUCAGCUUUUGGAACAGACUGUGAAAGCCCUGGAAUAUGAACUGGAAGCCAAAAACCACUUGAAAGAAGAUCGGGCAAGACAAGCCAAGAUAAUGGAGGACAAAAUAACACAACUGGAACUUGAGCUUGAAGAGGAACGGAAUAAUUCGGAUAUCUUGUCUGAAAGGAUAAGCCGGUGCAGAGAGCAGAUUGAACAAAUGAGAAGUGAACUACUUCAGGAAAGGUCUGUGCGGCAAGAUCUUGAGUGUGACAAGAUUUCUCUAGACAGACAGAACAAAGACUUGAAAAGUCGGAUCCUGCAUCUGGAGGGUUCUUACAGGUCCAGCAAAGAAGGGCUUCUUGUCCAGAUGGAAACCAGGAUUGUGGAGCUGGAGGAGCGACUAGAGAACGAAGAGAGGGAUCGUGCUAACCUCCAACUCAGCAACCGUCGGCUUGAAAGGAAAGUUAAAGAGCUCAUGAUGCAGGUUGAUGAUGAGCAUCUCUCACUGACAGACCAAAAGGACCAGCUGAGUUUGCGUUUGAAAGCGAUGAAACGCCAAGUGGAGGAAGCAGAAGAAGAAAUAGACAGACUUGAAAGCAACAAGAAGAAGCUUCAGCGGGAGCUGGAAGAGCAAGUUGACUUGAAUGACCAACUACAAGGGCAGCUGAGUGCAAUCAAACAGGAACUCAGACGGAAAAAGACCUCCAGUAAAAUGCUGAGUGAUCUUGAUGAUGAAGACGAUGACUUCAGCACUGAUGGGGAGAGCCUCUAUGAAGCACCUUCUGGAUUUAAAUUCUUAAAGGAUGAUGAGAUCAAAAGCUAAAGAGGAAGUCAGCUGCAGAUGUUGUGCCUUAACAGCUGAAAAUUCCAAUGGAUGCAUGACUAUUAGUGCUGAGUGAACUUCCAAAAUGCACAAUUUUACGAGAUUUAGAUAUUUGAGAAAUAAACAUCCUAAUAUGCAAA